CGCAAAUCCGAAGUAUUCUGUUGCGGGAGCUUGCUGCGACCAAGCGCAAAAUACGGGUCAGUGUGUGAUCGAAGAAGUGGGACAAAGGCAAAGUCAGAGACAAAGACAAAGACCAAGAUAAGCUCAUCAUCAUGGAACGCUAUUGCCUCAUCAUAGGCUUGUGUCUCCUUGGACUAGCGGCGGCCAAGUCGGCGGAGGGAGAUCAUGACCAUUGGGUCUGGCGUUCCUACAAUCGCAGGGAGCGCUCCUUCCGGGACAUCGACAGGAGUUCGCCCAUCAGGAAUUCCUACGACAACAAGCUAAGACGCGAGCCGACCACCCGUCGACCUCUUCCAGGGGAGCCGGAGAACGAUGAGAUCGAGGAUUAUGCAGAUGUGGAGCCCACCAGGUCAGCGGACAGUCCCACUGUGGGCACUCGCCAGUACAAUCCAUACGGCGGUCAGGCCAAUGCCGGCCAGUUUGGAGGAAUUGGUGGAGGCUACGGCGGAAGUCCUGGAGUUUUAGUGGGUCCUGGAGGACCCACAGGAAUCAUAGGAAGACCUCCUCUGUACCCUAGUCCUUAUCAGCCUGGCUAUGGCGGUUUCACUGGAGCACAGAAUGGCAUUGGAGGAUAUCCAGGUGGUUAUGGAGGAGUUGGACAAUCGAUUCCAGGUGCUGGCUUUCCAGGAGCGAAUGUGGGAACCGGUUUCAACAGCUAUCCCGGCAACGGAUUGGGCUUGACUCAAUUCCCCAGCACUGGACAGUAUCCUUAUGGAUCCUAUCCUGGAGGUGACUUCAGUGGCAAUCAGUUUGCAGCCCCAGGUGGACAAUUUCCUGGACUGGGACAGUAUCCCAGCAAUCCGCAGUUUGGCGGGCCACAGUACACUGAAGGUUACGGCUUGGCUGGAGGUUCGAGUCUAGGUCAACUGGGACUUGGUGGAAAUGGAGGUUUUGGUUAUGGCGGAAAUUUCCCACCUGUGGGAGGCUUUGGCUACGAUGAGAAAUCUCCAGCAGUGGCCGAGGGCAAGAGCGCCAAGAGUGUGGCAGCAUCACCCAGGACGGUGAACGAUAAGAUCACCAAGAAGGUCUAGGAUUACGAUCUUUCAUACGAGAUCUGCAACAAAGAAUCUCCUGUGCCUGCCUGGCUCCUUCCUAUUAAAACACUUCCACCCCCUCUCAGCUGUACAUAGUUCCCUUAGCUUAGGCAUAGUUUAGGCUUAUUGUUAGACUAAGCAAAUAAAUCCCAAUUUUUAUCCUGGUUGUAAAUUUUA